ACAUAAAGAGAUGAGGCAGGGUAUGAAAUGGUCCUGCUGCUGCUUCAUUAACAGUUGCCUGCGGCUUAUUUCUUGUGCCGUGGAAGACGGACCAGGUGAGGUGUAGUGUGUUCGUGUUUAGGAGAGGUUGGAUGAUUGCAGACGUCCCCUUCUCUCCUCUCCUAACUCUGGUCUUUCAGAGUCGGCAGCCCCUUGCUGAGUUGGUCGCAAUCAUUGUUUCUCUGAAGCAUUAACCACAUUCCAGAGAGGCACAGCGCAUCCUGUCUACAUCCUCGCAUUCCUUUCUCGCGAACGAGUCCCUCAUGUGAAAUCGCAUUUAUUUCAAAAUAUCACCGGCGUCUUCUGUUCGGACCUGCUUAAAACUAAUUUAUGCUGUAAAAGCAAUUUUCUGGGCUACUCAAAUUCGUCACCGAGUGACGGCAAAACAGAUCUAGAUGAAAAACCAACACGGGGAAAUUCCUCCGCGCAGCGCGCCAUUGACUGUAAAGACCUUUCAACUUAACAAAAACUCAAGUUGACAAACGUAUCCCCGUCGGCUCAAAUUGUGUGUAAGAGUUUGUUUUUUUCUGUCGGCGGAGUGAGCAAAGCGGAGAGAAGACGAUGCGGCACUUGGCGGAGGUUUGUUGGUCCUUCGCUGGUGGUUUUGCGUGAAUGAGCAACGGCUGUAGCGCAGCGUUUUGUUUUGAUUUCCAUGUGAAACACAGACCGAGCUCCGCGGCGCUGCUCGCUACUUUGGCUGGCGGAGCGGAGCGAACACUCUCUCAACUUGUUUCUGCACAACAUGGAGCACUACCAGGACGACCUGGGUCUGCGGGCCAGCAAGCUGGUGGAGGACCUUUCCCUUUACGACGUCUACCCAGACGGGAUGUACAACUCGAGGAGAGACUUGGUGAUCAGCCCGGAUUUAGACUUUUCGGCUGCGGCGGUAGCGGAGCACAGAAGUGUGCCAAUGAAUGGCACCUCUGUGCUUCACCAGCAGCAUCACACUGUGGAGAAUUUCAUGUCGGGAAACAAAGUGUACACCGCGGCUACUGUGCGCCCGGUGAACUGCAACCGGGCCGUCCCCGUGGAUUUCUGUGCGCCGCAAAGAGAGGCGGUGUACGAUGAGGACGGCUGCUGCACCAAGUCCGAGGUGGCUCUGCCGUGCUACACGGGCCCUUCACAGGAGAGACACAGCAGGAGGUACUCUCAGGAGCCGCAGGGCCACAGGUACAGCACGGGCUCCGCCUUCGACGGUGUGCCGCUCCACAAACCCGCGGCUCUCCCCGGCAACAGGUGCAACAGCGUGUGCAUCACCAGCAGCCACGACGGCAGAUACAACGCCACCAGCCCUCGGUCCAGCCUGGCAUCGUCUCUGUCCUCCCAGGAGCAGAGCAAGCAUGCCAGUCCGAGGUCGAGCAUCAGCAGCCCGCGUACCAGUCUGGUAGUACCGAGUCAGGACAGAUACACCAGCCCCAGGUCUAGUUUGGUCCACUGUGAAGGCAGCAGUGUCCUCAGUCCUAGAUCCAGCUAUGCAAGCACCGCUAGCGACACUAGUAAACAUUCCAGCCCCCGGGCCAGUCUCAACAGCUGCGACUGCUGCAGCAAACCCAGCAGUAACCGCACCAGCGGCAUCAGCAUGGGCUACGACCAGAGGCAUACCAGCCCCAGGUCGAGCACGGCGAGCCAGUACUCAUUCACCACCAGCCCGAGGUCCAGCUACUCGGACUCGCGGUACGGGACCGCGGUCAACCAUGAUCUGGAGGGGGCAAUACUGCACGCAGCGCCGAUGGCGAGCCCUCGCUCCAGCAUCUGCAGCCAGGACGGGAGCGCAAGACCGGGUACCACGGCAAACUCCAUGGUCAGUCCCCGCUCCAGCAUCUCCAGCCACAGCUCCAGAAGUUCCCGCAGCUCUAGGGGGUCCAUGAGCACGUACCCCGACCUGCAGCUGCCCUCACCCAGGUCCUCGAUGUUGGGGAGCAGUUUACACGAGGACACGCUGCUACAGGAGUUUGGAGACUCCAACGGGAUCCAAACUCGCAUCCACCUGCAGGGGCUGUCGGUGGUGCCCGAGCCCCAGCACCAGUCGCCGCAGACUGUAGGGGCUGUCGAGAUGACCACGGGGUCGCCACCAUCAUUCAGUUACGGCGUUUCCUCCAAACCGACCUCAGCGGUUUCCCGGUUUAAGUUACCCUACCAGGUCACCCCCAGCCGAGAGAGCGGGCCAAGCCAAGCAGAGAGGAGGCUGGAGGCACUGACCCUGGAGCUGGAGAAGGAGCUGGAGAUGCACAUGAAGAAGGAGUACUUUGGUAUCUGUGUUAAAUGUGGGAAGGGAGUGUACGGAGCCAGCCAGGCCUGUCAGGCCAUGGGGAACCUGUAUCACACCAACUGCUUCACCUGCUGCUCCUGUGGAAGGAGGCUGAGAGGGAAAGCUUUCUAUAACGUCAAUGGAAAAGUCUACUGUGAGGAGGAUUUUCUGUACUCUGGUUUCCAGCAGACGGCUGAGAAGUGCUUCGUUUGUGGUCACCUCAUCAUGGAGAUGAUCCUCCAGGCUCUGGGCAGGUCCUACCAUCCAGGCUGUUUCCGCUGUGUGGUGUGUAAAGAGGGUCUGGACGGAGUGCCUUUCACCGUGGAUGUAGAAAACAACAUCUACUGCGUCAAAGACUAUCACACGGUCUUUGCUCCAAAGUGUGCCUCCUGUAACCAGCCCAUUCUACCAGCCCAGGGCUCUGAGGAAACCAUCCGGGUCGUUUCCAUGGACAAGGACUAUCACGUGGAGUGUUACCACUGUGAGGACUGCGGUCUGAAGCUGAACGACGAGGAGGGUCAUCGCUGUUACCCCCUGGACUGUCACCUGCUCUGCCACAGCUGCCACAUACACCGGCUCCAGUCGCAGGUCCCGCCCCACCUGCCUCCCAGCUACCCCCUCCACGUCACCGAGCUCUGAGGGGCAGCGGCCCAGCCCUGUGGCCCACGUGGUGUGGUACAGCAGCAGCAGCAGUUACAGGGUGUGUCCCUCUCCUCAACUAGACAGCAAGGCUGUCACAUGACAUGGUUGAGGAAAGAACCCCCCCCUCACCCUCACCCUCACCCUCAGCCCUUGUUUUUUUUCCUUACCAUCUUUUUGGCAUCUCACCCUGGAUGCCAACCUGUCACCCCCCGCCCCCCAGACUGGUCUCUCCGGCCUCGUCUCCCACUCAUUCCUCUUCGUUUCAUUCCUGUGCUCUGACUGAAGAGGUUUUUUUUUUUGUUUUUUUUUUUUACCCCGGAGGUUUUCUAUCGUUACUGUCACCUCAGAGUCUGCUGCUGAACUCUGGGGGACGGAGUCCCAACAUUCCAGACGUGGGCAUGCAGUGCCUUCAGAUGAUGUGCCCGAGCUGCAGAUAUUAACACUGAAAUAAAGAGGGGGGGCGGGGGUCAACAAAGAGGCUGCAUUAUGACAUUAAACUAUGAAGAUAGAAAAAAAAGAACCCCCCCGUCCCCCCCGACCACCCUGCAGCACCCCAACAAAACAGACGCACCGUAGCAGCACCAGCGCGAACCAUCGACUGACGUUUCACUUAGAGAUCUUAACCCGGAGCGGACCUCCAGAGAUUCCUGAGCAGUGUCUUAAUUAAUACCAAUAUUAUGACAGAAGAACAAUUUUAGAAGCACAUAGAAUGUCUUUUAUAAAUGGAUAUAUAUUUUGCAGAUGUUUUCCACAUAAGAUCCUAGUCGUAGUUUCUCUGUUUUUGUUUGUUUGUUUUUUUCUUAAUUUGUGGAUUUGUUCUUCAGAGGUGGAAACGUUUUGACGGUCCGACGCCUCUGGAGACGUGGUUUUAUCUUUAGUAUCAUUUCUCAUCCAGGAUGAAGACAGAUGUGUCUGUCUGUGGGUCAGAGAUCCACAGGUUUGUGUUUUCUGUUUUUUUUUUUGUUUUAAGAACAGACUUGGUCCAAAUGGUUUAUGAACAGAUUUGCUUCGUAUCACGAUUGUCAAAGUCCAGCUGCCGUUUCACACACACACUGUCAAACUUUAUACACACUUCUCUUAACUGCUGCUACUGAAUGUAGUCUAGACCAAACGUCUGUUUCCCAAACGUUUUUUUCUGAGGACCCACAUUUUAAGAAUCACAAACCUUCACGACCCAAAGUCAACAGACAUUAUUCGUAAACUCCUGGGAAACGUGAUGCGAGACGACGCAGAAAAAAAAAAUAUCUUGUGACCCACCUGAGGGUCACGACCCAGUCUUUGGGAAACAAAGGACAUCGUGUGAAAAUAUAACCUAGUUAAUUACAGCUCUGAUUUGAAAGAAAAGUUUAAUCAAAUACAUAUUCAUCACUUUAAAUAUAAUUUUAAAUCUGAUUAAACAUUCGAGCUAAAAUACGUUUUUUUUUUCUUCUUCCAGGUUCAUAUGUAAAUACAGCUAAUAAUAACAUAAUUUAUUCUGACUACAGCAGCUCCUCUGACGCCGUGUCCUCGUCUGUGAGGCGUCAAAGACUUAAUGAAUGUUGAUACUUCAUUAUUUUGUCCCGUUCCUGCAACAGUUAAAAAAGCGAAGCAGCACUGUUCAAAUCCCAUCUGCCUCCGGUCUGUUCUGACACUGGUUCCUCUUCCUGUUUCCAGACACUGGUUUUGUCACGUGAUCACUAAGAACAGUGUGUGUUCCUGUGAGGAACCUUUUCACUUGUCCGCAUGCCUUAACACACACAGGUGUGUGUGUGAGUGUGUGUGUGUGUGAGUGUCUCGGUCUGGGGCCUGUGUCGUCUGGUGACUUCACUCUCCGUGUUUUUCUGACCUGAAUCCCAACUCCUCCACCGGGGGCAUCGGUGCUUUCUGUUUGAAUGUGAGCAACAUAAAUGGAAAAAUAAAUAGAACAAAUAUAGAAUACGUUUUUCAACCUUAGGGUCACGAGGCCACAUGGGGACAUCUGGAAUUCAAAUUGGGUCGCAUGAAAUGUCCAGUAAUUGAUUUAAAAAAAAUAAUGAUAUAAAUGUGUUUUUCAACUAAUUAUUAUUCUUUUUGAAAUUAUAACUUACACCACUAAUCUCACUACUCUGUAUUUGCAACCCAUUAUAACAAACAUUCUCACAAAUUAAUUCUUGGAGAAAAAAAAAAUUGUCUCUGGGCUCGUCAGACAUUUAUGAUGUCAGAACGGGGUCACGAGCCAAAAAUUGACAUUUUUUCUGUGGUUUCCGUUUUAGUUCUAAAAGCGAAAAUUGUUUUUGUUUUUUAAAUUCUGACUCAUC